UUCCAACACUUGUAGCAGGAAGAGGACCGACUGACAUUUAUUCGGCGAUUACUUUGAUGCCGGGUGUUCUGUGAAAUUUUUGGUCAAAAAAUCAAUUACACUGUACAAAACGUCGGCUCAUAAGUUUUACAACGAUUUUACGAUUAUGAGAAUGCCUUUCCAGGACCACACCAUCAACAACGGCUUCAACUUCAACCUCUUUCCUCAUAAUGGUGAAGAUGAGUUCAUCAGCAACUAUUAUCCUUCCACUAAUUUGGGUUCAGCUAUGACCUUCAGUUUGGACAACCCAUAUCCAGAAAACAACUGCCUGAUUUCGACGAAUCCCCUCCUCUCAGAUUCUGUUGAACCGACUGAUAAUCGCCAGGAUUUAAAUAAUAAACAAGAUGAUUUGCCCAGUGAUAGCGUAGAUGGCUGGAGGACAAAACCUGUAAAAUUAUGGGACAAAAGAGAUAUUGUAGAAUGGUUAAAUAGUGAAGCCCGACAGCUCAAUAUCUGUUGCACAGAAAUCUGCAGCGAAAAAUUUGCUUCAUUUGAUGGCAACAAAUUUUUUCACCUUACAUCUCAUGAAUUCAAUCAGUGUGAUAUGAACUACGGACUUACAUUGUAUAAAAGACUGCAAGAAAUAAAAUUAACGCAAGAUGAAACUUUACCUCUUAACUUUGAACAGUCUUCAGAGAGCAUCAAACAUGAAAACCGAGAAAUAGAAGAACCAGAAAAUGCACCUGUGUUAAUGUGUCUAGACAAAACCGAACCGCCAAAAAUAAAUUACUCGUGUAACACAAGUAAACAGAAUGACACAGCAUUAGAUGCAAAAAUCAGUGAUCCAGAUUCACCUGCACCUCAACAACCAAAGCAAAAAAUGAGAGGUAGACCAAAAGGACAAACAAAAAGAAAAAAGAAACCUGAAAAAUUAGGUAGAUUGUGGGAAUUUUUAAGAGACCUCCUUAAAAACAGAGACUAUUGCCCAAGCCUUAUUGUUUGGGACAAUUAUGAAGAAGGGAUGUUCCGAUUUGUUCAGAGUGAUAAAGUUGCCAAACUGUGGGGUACUAAAAAGGAUAACCCAGAUAUGAAUUAUGAGAAAUUAAGCCGUGCAAUGAGGUACUAUUACAAGAGCCAAGUUCUUCAACCAGUUAUUGGUCGAAGGCUAGUUUAUAAAUUUGGGCCUACAGCAACUGGGUGGCAAGUCGAUAACCCAAAUUUUAAAAACAAAUGAUCAUACUAAAUUGUUAAAAGGAUAAUUCACAAAGCAUUUAAAUUUGAUAUAUUUAUUGGGUUUCAAUGUUUUUUUUUUAAAUUUUUAUUUAGGACUCUUUGCUCAUUUGCAUGAAGAAUUGAAUUUCAUUGCUCAAUAAGCAAAAUGAAUUUUAAUUGUUUUUAAUAUUUGAAAUAAUUGUCAUAACUAACUUCACCACAUAUUAUUUUUGCUAAACAUGUGAAUUUCAGUAUAUUGUGGACAUCCUACCAACAAGUCAUUUGGAUAUUGGAUUUUGGGCUUUUGUUCAAUGCAUUAUGUGAAGCGAUGUUUGAUCUCUGAGAUGUUCAUUGUUUACACUCAGUUUAAUCAUCCUCGAUCAUCCUUGUCUUUCUGUGCUCGCUGCUACAUCUCAGUGUACAACUAAAUCACUAUAGAUAUAUCAAACAUGUGUCUAAUCAAAGAAUAAGUGAAUCAGGAUGGUUAAAGAUGAUCAACCUACUGACAAAUCAUGCAAAACCAGCACUGGAUUACUUAUUGGGUCCAUCUUCACUUGCGGGUUUGUUGAACUAAUCAAACAUGUUUCAGCAUCUUCAAAGAGGAAAACAUUAUAAACCAUCAGAACCAGUGAGCAUAUUAACUUACAUAUUAAGCAAGAAACAAAAGCAAACGUGAUACUUGCCUAGCAAAAAUCAUUGCUAAUCUUCAAGGAAUGAAAAAAAAAGAAAUACUAAUGAAGCUGAGGCUGGUGCUAAAAGGAUAGGUGAUGAGGGGAUGCAGUUAGCACUAAACUACUGUACAAGUAUAAGAGAAAAAAAUCAACUAUUAGGAGUUAGACAGGGGUGUGUAUUGAACCCAAUUCUCUUCUCCUUUUUUGGAUGAUUUGUCUAAAGCUAUGAAAAGCAGGGCCUAAGUUACAAUUAUGAAAGUCAUUAUGUCAGUAGAGAAGUUGGUGCUAUAUAGAAAGUUAAAUUGAGAUCAUCAAUAGGUUUUAAUACUUUACUAAGUAGUAAAUUAAGUACUUUUACUUACAGACAUAAUAAUAAUAAAAAUAAUAACAGAAAUAAUAAUGAUAAAUGACAACACUGCUGACCAACGAAAACCAUGAUCAACAGCAUAUACCCUAUACAGACUAUGUUACAAGACAGUCCCUCAUGGAAGGUGACACAUUGCUGAAAGUGUUA